GGGAAAAGGGAUCAGAGAGAGUGGGAAGGGAAAGGAUUCCGCUAGGAGAAUGGGGAUCUGAAGGAAAAUAUUUGAAAAGAAAGGGUAGAGAGGAGAGGAGAGGCAGAUAGUGAGAGACUGGAAUGUAUCCUCUCCCUCUCUAGAAAGGCCAAUUCUCUCCCGAUCCAUGGAUCUUGAAGCCGCCAAGUGUGCGAGCCUAACCGUUGCUAGGAGACGGAGACGCUACCUAGAAUCUUAGUCUCUGUGGGUUUGGGGUGGCCAGGAUCUUCGCCAAACUCCAGAUCAGCUUUCUCUGCCCCCGUCCCCCACCCCAUGCUGGAAUUCUAGCUACUCCUAUUUGGAGUGUCUCCCGUUGCACCUCAUUUCUAGUUCUCUCGGGCAGCUGACGCGGUCACAAGAGCAGCCAUGCCGAGAAGGGGCAGAAAGGGGCCUAAAACCGAAGAGGAGAAGUUGCUGAUGCUUCAGCAUAAGUUAUUGGCAGAGGAGGAGCAGCUCAGGAAGAAGGAGAGGCUCUUGAAUCAGUUCUUAAAGGACAAGCUGGCUAAGGAGGAACGAAACAGUGCUUUGAACCUUAAUAAAAUCAAUACACAGUGGAGAACCGUUCUGAGAGAAGUCAAGGCCAAAGAACUCCAGAAAGAUAUCGAGAUUCUUAGUCAAACAUUUGAAAGAGUGGUGGAUUGCAAAGAUAGUGUGAUCAAAUCUUUAGCUAAGGAUCUGAUUGAGGCUGAAGACCAGUAUGCACAUGCCCUACAGGGCCACUUGAACAAUAUGGAUCAGCUCCUGGCUCUCCAGAGAAGCCGACUUGCCAACUUGGAAGACUGCUAUAAUGAAGAACUGGAGGCCCUCACCAAGGAAUUUGAAACAGAAAAGAAGAUGAUCAUAGACCUUCAUGAGAAAGAGAUGCGCUUCCUUCAAGAUGUUUACCUGGCCAUGGAGCAAAACUUCCUAGACGCUGAGUAUGAAGCUAAGUUGGAGUUCCAAAGCAUGUGGGAUGACCUCAAAAAUAAGAACCUGGAGGAGAAGCACUUUCUACGAAUGCAGUUAGAAAGUACAGUCGAAGAUCUGUGGAGAAGGUUCCAGGAAGCACUCAAGAAUUACACUGAUGCCACAGAAGAUCGGAAGCUGGCCUUUGAGUCCUUGAAGGUGAAGGAUGAAAAGAGUUCCAAAGAGAUAGAGAUGCAGAUGAAAAAACUACAGAAAAUACAGGACUCCAUUGCUAUCCUGAGGGGUAAAAUCGCAGUGCACACCCGUGAGAAUGAGGAACAAAACCAUUAUAUCCGGGAAGACAAAGACCUAGUCCACAAGCAACUUCUAAAACUCAAACAACAAAUGAAUCUAGCCCGGGCAGAGGCUCGGCGAAACCUGGCCAAACUGACGUGGGAGAGUAACAUUGCCCUCAAAGCCCUGAAAAAAAUUGUUGAUAAGGGAGAGCUCAUCCUCAGACUUGCUGAAAUAUGUAGGAAAUUUGAAACUGAGGAAGAGAAAGUCCUUCCCUUCUAUUCCUCAAUGUUGACACCUGAGGAACUACAGGAAGUGGAGGAAAAUGAUCGGGAGGAACCUACAUUGGAACUGGCUAAGUUAAUGAAGAACUAUGCAGCCUUGGAGAAUUUCUGGAAAAGGUAUAAUAAGGUAAAGCUGGAACAAUUAAGCCUACAAAGGAAACGAGCCCAAUUAAUGGAAACCAAUGAGAAGCUGAGGAAUUUGCUCAAGCAGUAUCUGGAUAAUAUCUCAGUGAGUGAUGAAGUGUUGAGCCAGCUUAAUCCACUUUUUAUUGUCAAUCAGCGCAGCAACAUCCCCCCGACCAAAAGAGACAGCUCACAAAAGCCGCCUACCUACAACAUCAUCGAAGCUGCCCAUGUAGUAUCCCACACACUGUGAUAUCUUCCUCAAUGAUGUGAGGGAACCAGCCUCUCCCUAACCUCCAAAUACUUUCCUUUAGUUUAUAGAACCUUGAUAUUAAAGGUUUCCAUGAAGAUCUUGGGUAUGUCAUA